GUAGAAUCAAAUCAAAUGACUGGAAGUGUGAAUUUUCAGGAGAAAGAUAGGAAAUAUCUGAAAGAUAAAAUGAGCUUGAAACAAACCAAAAAUUAUGGAUGUGUGGGGAGACAAAUGGAUUUAAGAAGUGUUGGCAAUAUUAUAAAAAUAGAGGGAUUUUCGUCAAUUAUUUUAUCAAGAGAAACACGUAAUACUAGUGCAAAAGAUAUGAAUAUGAAUAACUCUCAAGAUGCCAACACUUCAGCCAGUGUUUUUGAACAUACUGCAUCUGUUGGAGGAGAAUUUUCUGACUGUCUUGCUCAGAAUGAGGAUAAAAGUAUUCCAGAACAGACACCAGAAGACUCGGGCGACACGUUACAGCUGACAGCAUUUUUCAGCAAAACAAAUUCUUCAGAAAUAAGCUCAUCUGAAACUGAACAAAUGCCAAAGAAUUUACAGAAGAAAAUAAAGAGAAAGAAAAGUCAAAACUCCAGGCAAAUAAAAAAAUGGUUGAAAGGGAAGACUGAUAAAGCAGAACAUGGAGAGAGUUCAACAUAUGCCUCAGAGAGAGAGAAUUGUGAUGAUGAACACCCAGUUUUGUGUCACAUUCAUCCAAUGUCCCAUGGAGAGUCUGUCCUCAAUAGUUCAAUUUUGGAUGAAAUCCUGAGUGAGAAAAAGAGGAUCUUACUUGAAUCUGCAGAAAUGAGCGAGUUCUUACGAAAUCGAAUAAAGACAUGAUGCUUGCAUUGAUGUCACCAACAUUCAAUAUAUUUUGGCUGUAUGUAAUUAUCAUUCAGGAUCAUAUUCUAUGGGGUGUUUUCCAGUUCAUUUGAAUCUGACUGUUACAGAGCAUUGUGCCGUGAUUCAACAGGAAUCUGGAGGUAUGCCUGCUGUCAUGGCUACCCCAUCAGAUCGAGGUAGUGACAGGGUUCUCUUCUUAAUAUCUCAGAGCAAAGUCAUGUACUUGCCCAUUUUCUAAAUUGCACAAGUUUAAACAUUAAAGGGUUAAAUGUAUCUCCAUUAUAAUACCCAGAUCACAUAAUUUAAAUUCAUGAUAUUCCUCCUUAAUUUAUGUAGAAUUGUUAAUUAUAUUAAAAUCUUGUUCACAGAUUAUAACCUGAAUUUAGAGAUUGUGUACAUAUACCAGAAUGUAUGUAAGCCUUGUAAGCUUUUCUUUUCCUUCCCUCACUCACCAGAAAGUGGUUUCAAUAUGUCUCAACACUUAGAACAAUUUAAAAUAUACACAUAUGUAGAUUGACACUUCAUAAGGAUGCCAGACAACAUUAUUACUGCAUACAUAAUAAUUCAUGCAUUAACAUUACAAGAUGUUUUUAUUGUAAUUGAACAAUUUUUAAAUUAUAAAUAAUUUAACUGUAUCAGUAUCAUACUUUAAUAUAACCAUGAUUUUAGAGUAAUUCUGACAAACUAGUAUCCUACAGAGCUGAUAAUUACAUUGGUUUUAUUUAAAUUUUAGUGUUCAUGAUGGACACAAAAGUCUGAAAUAUGUCACUUUAAUGCUCUCAUUAAGUGUGUAGAAUAAAUGUUCUAUUUUGCUGAAGAUUCUUGCAUGCAGUUGCAAGAUUUACACUAGCUGAAAGAUAACAGGAUGCAUACCUACAAGCUGUACUAUUCAAACCUAACCAGACUGUAUGCAUGUAGUAACUUGAUAAUAUCUGUAAGGAUUUUCAUGAAGUUUGGUAUGGUCUUCAUGCCAUAGAGGCCUUCUCAAACUUGUACUUUCAGCUUUUGACCCCCAGUUAUACCAGUGUGAUGGUUGCUUGAAUUCACGAGGAACGUUGAUGAUGACGUUACCCAUUAUCCUCUGCACAUGUGCUUCACUAUAAUUGACUUCACAUAAUCUAAUUUGUGUGAUUUGAGGUUUUCACAGUGGUAGGUAUGAAGAUUUCUGGGUUGUUGCCCUGUGUAGUAUGGUAGAUGUUUACCAAUGGUUCAGAGGUCAUAUUGCCUCCGUCAUCAGGGUGAUGAAUGUGCCAAUUGGGUGGGUGGGCCUAGCUUAGUUAAAUUUGAUACUGACACUUCAUUGAUCAGUGCAGGCCAAUAACUUGCCUAUCAUCAUCCAACACUUAAAAAAAGAGCCUCAAGUGAUAUGCCCCUGAUUUAAGCAAUAAAGUGCAACAGGUAAAUGAAAAUGUUUCAUUUGCUGGUUGUUUAAUCCACGAUAUAAAACUGUUUAAGCCAGUGUUAAAAGAUUAUCUCCUAUCUCACUCUUUCUACUCAGUAGAAGAAUAUAUUAAUACAUGUAAUAAUGGUGA